AACUGCUGGAGGAAAAUAAUUCAUCUGACAGCAAAGAUGCAGUGGAGUCUGAUUCUGCUCUUCCUGAUGGCUCAGUGUUGUUUCAUGGACUGUCAGCUCUAUCAGUUUCACUACAUUAAUGAGAAUAAGAACUGGACUGAAGCUCAGCAGUACUGCAGAGAGAAACACACUGACCUGGUCCCAGUGACUAACAUGAAGGACAUGGAGAGACUCAACAACAUCUCAGCUGGACAUUGGAGCGGAGCUUGGAUUGGUCUGCAUGAUCCAACAGUUGGCAUCAGAAGACAGUACUGGUCUCUGCCUGGAGUGGAGUUCAAUGACAACGAGACAAACUGGUACACAGGAGGAUCUAAUGUUUGUGGAAAACGAGAGAAUUGUGGGUUAUUGGUAAAUACUUCUAAACGGGGAUAUGUGAGUUGCUCCAUUAAAAGAUAUUUCCUCUGCUACAAUGACACUAAUACAACUCAUAAAUACCACCUGAUUAAAGAGUUGAAGUCCUGGCAGCAAGCUCAGAGUUACUGCAGAGAGAAUCAUACAGACCUGAUCAGUGGAAUGAACCAACUGCAGGAUAAAGAACUGGAAAAAGUGACAAAGUUUACACAUAGAAAACCAUUCAUUGGUCUGUUCAGAGACACCUGGAGGUGGUCAGAUGGAAGCAGUUUCUCUUUCAGAUACUGGAGCCUACAGUUUGACAAUUAUCAACCCAACAGUGGUCAAUGUGCCGUGACUCUGCCUGAGGAGAAAGGUAGAUGGCAGAACCAGGACUGUGGUGUUCAGAAACCCUUCAUCUGUUAUGAUGAUAAAGUGAUCCUGAUUAAAGAAAAUAAAACCUGGGAGGACGCCUUGACCUACUGCAGAGAUCACCACCAUGACCUGGUCACCAUCACCAACAUGGAUGAUCAGAGAUGGAUCCAGGAGAAAGUCAAGGAGGCAUCGACUGAUUAUGUCUGGAUGGGUCUGCGCUUCACCUACACUCUGGAUUUCUGGUUCUGGGUCAGUGAUGAGGUGGUCAGCUAUAAGAACUGGGCUUUAGAUGGAAAGAUGGACGACUGUGACAUGUCUGGAGCCAUGGAGACAAAAGGGGACCAUCUGUGGAAAAAGGUUACCACGUUUCUUUAG